GAACGGUAUUCCAGUGUUGCGCAGCUAUGGUUACACCGUCGACCAGCAAAAACAAAUCGUGAAAAUGCAAGAUUCCGCGAAUAUUUAGCUUAAUUGAGGCCAUCCAUGGAUUUAGCCACCAUAGAGCUGAGCGUGGAGGCGCUUAUCGGGUCCCUGUUCGCCCUGGGUAUCCUGUUCGCCUUCUGUCGCAGCCUCCUAGCCGAGGACUUCGUUAUCAGCGUGCUCUCGGGCAAAACACGUCAUAGCUGGAAAUCAAUAAAAGUCAUAGAGCAGGCCUGCUUCUGCAACGUAUGCGAGAUCCUGCUGACCCCCUCCGCGGGGCUCUUCUGCGACUGCUGCGGCCUGUGCACCCACUCGACUCCAGUGUGCCAGCGGCGGGCGGAUAGGGAGUACCGCUGCAAGGACAAAUGGUUGCGCAACGAGACCUCCGUACGCCACUUGUGGGUUCACGGCAACCUGCCCAUGGGCGUCCACUGCGCGGACUGCGGCGAGGAGGUGGACCACCAUGUUAGCACCGAUCCGGGACUGUAUGGCUGGCGCUGUGCCUGGUGCCAGCGCUGCUACCACAACGACUGCUAUUCCCGCGCCGACGUAAAGGGCUCCUGCGACUUUGGCGAGUUCAAAGACAUGAUCUUCCCGCCCUACAGCUUCGUGGCGGCCAGGACAAAGGACAUGCGCCUGCAUUUGGCCAGCAUCACGCCGCCGGACAUUGAGAACUGGGAGCCACUGAUUGUGAUUGCCAACACCAAGUCGGGCAGCAGCACGGGCGCCAAUGUACUGUCCCUUCUCCGCGGCUACCUGCAUCCCCUGCAGGUCAUGGAGCUGGGCUCCCGUGGUCCCCAGGACGCUUUGCAGUGGGCCGCCAAAGCCAGUCCUCGCCCGUGUCGCAUACUGGUGGCUGGCGGCGAUGGCACCAUCGGUUGGGUGAUGAAUACCAUCUACGCUUUGAACAUCAAGCCCCAGCCUUCGGUGGCCAUCAUGCCGCUGGGCACCGGCAACGAUUUGUCGCGAGUCCUGGGCUGGGGACCGGAGCCGCCUUCGGUCCUAGAUCCAGUAGAGAUCCUACGCAAUAUUCGGCGCGCCCGCUCGGUGAAUCUCGAUCGCUACGACCUGCAAAUCGAGAAGAUCCACUAUCGUCUGCCCAUUCAGAGGCAUCCCACGAAGACCAUUCACGUCUACAACUACUUCAGCGUGGGCGUGGACGCGUAUAUUACCUACAAUUUCCACAAGACGCGAGAAUCUCGAUUUUAUCUGCUCAGCAGUCGAAUCUUCAAUAAGCUUCUGUACUUCACCUUUGGAACGCAACAGGUUAUGCAACCUGGCUGUGAGCAUCUCGAAGAGAAGCUGACCCUGUACCUGGACAACAAGCUAGUGCAGCUGCCUGAGUUGCAGGCGCUGGUGUUCCUAAACAUCGAUUCCUGGGGAGCUGGCUGCAAACUAUGCGAGCUGAGCAACUCCAAUGGCGAGGUGCGCAUCGUUAACUCCAUCUCCGAUGGCCUGAUGGAGGUAUUUGGCAUUGUUUCCUCGUUCCACAUUGCCCAACUGCAGUGCAAUAUAAGCAAGCCAGUCCGAAUUGGACAAGCUAAGCAAAUAAGGCUGCAAGUCAAGGAGACGGUGCCCAUGCAGGCGGACGGCGAGCCCUGGAUGCAGAGUCCGGCAGACAUAAGGCUGCAGUCGCGUAGCCAGGCCAGAGUCCUAAAGCUGGCUGCAUCUUAGAUAAUUCCCGAAGCCACAACCCCCUUUUGUGCCAGUCCCCAUAAUCUCAACGUACUUAAUCCGGAAUCUCGGACCUAACCUUAUCGAUUCUGUUAAGCUGUGGCAUUUUUGAAGCGUCCUCAGUGUCAACCCAAAGCUAGUCGCAAAUUACAUUAAAACCGUAUCUGAAUGAA